GGAAAUUCAUGAAGGGGAAAGAUGGAUUCAUAUUGAUAUCAGAAAGAUGCGCGCUAUUCUGAUGCGGACAGGAUGGGCGCACAGAAAAGCCGUCCUGUCCGGGAGAAGCCUUUGCGCCGCAGUCGGGCUGCAUAGAGCCUGUAUCAAACCAUCGCUUGCUCCAAAACCGCACUCUCGCAGUAAAAGAACGUCUACGCGUGUAAAGAUCAGCGAGCUACCUCAGGGCCCUUUGCCAGCUUUGGCUCAAGAUGCCCAACCAGAAGAUGAGCCGGCAUAUCCUACGGUGGUGCAGCAAGCGCGAAACAAUAUGCGGAAGUUCAACCACUGUGUGGUGUUGACUCGAGUCGGGAGCUUCUAUGAGCUUUACUUCGAACAAGCUGAAGAAUUCGGCCCCUUGCUGAAUCUCAAGCUCGCCCAAAAGAAGACGAGUGCCGGACCGGUAUACAUGUCCGGUUUUCCGUUCUUCCAACUUGACCGCUAUCUCAAGAUCCUAGUGCAGGACCUGAACAAAUACGUAGCCAUCAGCGAGGAGUUCGCCAAUGAUCCCGCCGAGAAAGCUAAAUCAGGAGGUUUGUUGUUCGAUAGGAAGGUCACCCGGAUCAUCACUCCUGGCACGCUUAUUGAUGAGAAAUUCAUGGAUCCGUGGGAGAACAACUUCCUUAUGUGCAUCCAGCCUCAUGGAUCCCUUGAGACUCCUUCGACCGGACUGGCGGACGUUGGGAUUGCUUGGCUUGAUUUGUCUAGUGGAGAUUUCUUUACUCAAAAGGCAACGUUCGACACUUUAUCUUCCAUCGUUGCUCGAAUUGGACCGCGCGAGAUUUUACUCGACAGCUCGUUACGCGAUGCCCAGCAUCCUCAGCUCGCUGUUUCGCUAAAUGAAGGUCAGCAUGUCGUGAGCUACCACGACACGCCAAAGGAGACGCCUCCGCUGAGCAGGUGGCCUUCCAUGGUAGAUGAGCCUACCAAGGAUUGGAACGCGGCCAAGUUCUCCGAUGCAGAGCUGUCAGCGGGAUAUUUCCUCGUGUCGUACGUUGAGCAACAGCUAUUCGGGGCUGCACCGAAGCUUCAACCACCAAUGCAAAGGCAGGCGAAAGAAGCGAUGUUGAUUGACAAGAAUACACUACGAGCGUUGGAGAUCCAGAAAACGCUAAAAGAUGGGGCGUAUGAAGGGAGUCUACUGCAGUCGGUUAGGAGAACUGUUACCAAGAGUGGAGCUAGGUUACUUCGCCAGAGACUAAGUAUGCUCCAUCCUGAUUUCAUACCUAUGAUAGUGACUGACUUGGUAGUGUCACCCUCCAUGUCUCUGGAGGAGAUCAACAACCGUCUAGACAUGGUUGGAGAAAUGUACGAGAACGAAGGCCUUUGUGAGCAUCUCAUCUUACUCCUGCGGCGUACAUUCGACUCCUUCCGUCUUGUCCAGAAGUUUGCUUUCGGGAAAGGAGACGCCGACGAUCUCCUUGGCCUAUCGGAGACCAUUCAAGUCACAAAGCAAAUCGCAGAUCUUCUACAAGAACAUAUCACCCGCCGAGACGAAGGGGAACCAAACUCGAGACAUUCAGUGGUGUCCGGCUCAAUCAAGUACCAUAUUCAAGAUCUUGUCCGCCACAUCCAGCUCGACGGACCACUCCAAAUUUCGAACCGGAUCACAAAAUCCAUCGACGAGGACAUGCUCUCGCAACAACAUUUGAUCGAAGAUAGCGAAGCAGCGGACAUGCUUGGACUCGCCGAAGAAGUUUUGACCCAAUCAGGCGAAACCGGCAAACUGAAAGGCACGCCACAAACCCUCAAGCGCAAGGAAGUGGAAGUCGCUCGAGCAAAUAGGGACCAGCAGACCGCAGUAUCGGGCAACGAAGAAGUCUGGAUCAUGCGUCGCACCGCCAGCCCAACACUCAACCGCCUACACUCCGAGCUCGAUACACUCCAUCUUAAGAAAACGGACCUCGAAACCGAGCUUCGGGAGCGCGCUAGCAGCUCGACAUUAACCCUAAAAUGGACACCCGGCCUCGGCCACAUCUGCCACGUAAAAGGCAAAGAUGCCCGCACCGCGUCCUCCACCCUCUCCGGCGCCCGCAGCGUCUCCUCCAGCAAAUCUACGCACUCCUUCCACCUCCCCGAAUGGACCGCGCUCGGAACUCGCCUCGACGAGGCCACCGCGCGGAUCCGCUCCGAGGAAUCGCGGAUCUUCGCCCAGCUGCGCACGCAAGUGGUCAAGAACCUCGUGAAGCUGCGGCGGAACGCGGGGGUGCUGGACGAGGUGGACGUGGCGUGCGGGUUCGCGACGUUGGCGCGGGAGCGGAGCCUGACGCGGCCGGUGGUAAAUCGGGGGACGGCGCAUCACAUUCUGGGGGGAAGGCAUCCGACGGUAGAGGUGGGAUUGAUGGAGCAGGGGAGGAGGUUCACGGCGAAUGAUUGUGUGGUGGGGGAUAAGGAGGAGGUGUUGUUGAUUACGGGGCCAAAUAUGGCGGGUAAGAGCACGUAUUUGCGGCAGAAUGCGUUGAUUUCGAUUCUGGCGCAGACGGGGUCGUUCGUGUCGGCGGAUUAUGCGGAGAUUGGCCUGGUGGACAAGAUAUUCAGCAGGGUCGGAUCCGCGGAUAACCUCUACCAGGACCAAUCGACCUUCAUGGUUGAAAUGCUCGAAACUGCCGAAAUUCUCAAGCAAGCAACAUCUCGAUCCUUCGUCAUCAUGGAUGAGGUGGGACGAGGCACGACACCGGAAGACGGCAUCGCUGUAGCGUUUGCGUGCCUUCAUCAUUUACACUACACCAACAAUUGUCGGGCAUUGUUUGCGACGCAUUUCCAUUCUCUCGCGGAGAUGUCGCGGCAUUUUGAAAGACUUGGUUGCUAUUGCACCGACAUCGCAGAGGACGAAGAGGGAGGGUUUACAUUCAUACAUAAGGUACGGAGGGGAGUAAACACGAGCUCGCAUGCACUGAAGGUGGCAAGAUUGGCAGGGCUUCCGGACAAGGCUAUUCAAGUCGCGGAGCAUGUGCUUGAGAAUAUCAAGGCGAGGUCAUCGCCAGAGGUGAUAGACAAUCGGCGGAGUGCACAAAAUUCACCGUCCUGAGCAACUGGAACACCCAUAGUUCGGGAUCAAAGCAUUUGCAUUUAUAAGAUACCCUUGUGUAUUUAGGACAUGGUGGGCUAGGGAGCUUUGGCGAAACUUUGGAGAAUUGGCACGGCACGGAAAUGCCUUUGCUGGCGUUGAACCUGGACAUGAUGUCAGCAAAGGUCGUUUUUCCAAGUGUCGCAGAAAAUGUAGAUAAAAGGUUCGGUGUCAUGAAAAAAUUAGAGUUGUGUUGCAUAUUUUGGUCCUCACGGAAAGUAGGAGUUAAAAAUUGUAUAAUCAUUCGAAAUCACGAUGCAAAAGAGAAAAAAGGGACGUACCUUGAAAACAUUACGAUCAAUAGACCAGAAUGCUGCAUAUCACGACACAGACCAAACCACGAUCAGCUACCCUUCAGUAACAGGAUAUUAUUGUCGGCUUGGACCAUGCCGUGUUACUCCCUACGGAUCC